CAGCUCUCCAUCUGCAACUCAAUCUGGUACCUUUACUCUUUUCGAAUACUUUGUUCUUCAGGCUCGCCCCAUUAACAGUACUACUAUCCGCCGUUACCCAAGUCCAACUGUGAUCCCCAGCCGCUGCCAUGGCCGGCUUCGACUUCUCCAACUACAACCGCAACGCGGCUCUUCACGCCAAGGGAGCACCGCUUCCAAAAGCUACGAGCACAGGUACAACAAUUGUUGGCUGUAUAUUCGACAAUGGUGUUGUGAUCGCCGCAGAUACCAGAGCGACCUCUGGCCCCAUAGUAGCAGACAAGAAUUGCGAGAAGUUACACUACAUCGCACCCAAGAUCUGGUGCGCUGGUGCUGGUACAGCUGCUGAUACCGAGUUCACCACCGCCCUGAUCAGCUCCAACAUCGAACUACACUCUCUGUCGACCGGCCGGCCCCCACGAGUGAUCACUUGCAUGACCAUGCUAAAGCAACACCUUUUCCGCUACCAGGGGUACAUUGGUGCCUACUUGGUCGUUGCUGGUGUCGACCCAACCGGUAUCGGCCUCUACACUGUUCACGCGCACGGAUCGACAGACAAGCUCCCCUACGUGACAAUGGGAUCAGGAUCGCUAGCCGCAAUGUCUGUCUUCGAGUCGACGUGGAAGCCGAAUCUGAACAAAGAGGAAGCCAUCGCCUUGGCGUCUGAAGCUAUCAAGGCCGGUAUUUUUAACGACCUUGGAUCUGGUAGCAAUGUCGAUGUGUGUGUUAUUGAAAAGGAUAAGCCCACGCAACUUCUGCGGAACUACAUGAGGCCCAACGAGCGUGGUCAGAAGGAGAGGGACUACCGCUUCCCCAAGGGCACUACCGCAUACCUGAACGAAAAGGUGUUUACCAAGGAGGAUCUGAGGAAAUAUGUGACCGUUGAGGAGAUCUCUGGUGACCCUAAUUUGAUGGAAGUGGACCCCUAGAUAGAGCUGACAUUUGAUAAUCGAGCGAACCUUUUCUAAUGGAGUACCGCAAGAACUUCCCUACUAU